CCCCUCCUCCGCCUCGGCCUCCGCUUUGCCUGCCGCCGCCGCCUACCCACCCACCCGACCACCCGCGUUCGCGUUCGCGCGCGACGAGGGAGGCGGCGCGGCGGGAGGGCAUGGAGGCGCGGGAGGGAGGAGGCGUCGGCGGGGGCCUGCCGCUCGCCGUGCGGGAGCUCGUCGCCGGCGGGGUGGCGGGGGGAGUCGCCAAGACCGCCGUCGCGCCGCUGGAGCGCGUCAAGAUCCUCUUCCAGACUAGAAGAGCAGAAUUUCGUGGUUCUGGAUUAAUUGGAUCAUUUCGAACAAUCUAUCGAACAGAAGGACUUUUAGGGUUUUACAGGGGAAAUGGAGCCAGUGUUGCUCGGAUUGUUCCUUAUGCAGCUUUGCAUUAUAUGGCCUAUGAAGAAUAUCGGCGAUGGAUUAUUCUUGCUUUUCCUAAUGUUGAACAAGGUCCUACUCUUGAUCUAGUGGCUGGAUCAAUAGCUGGAGGAACAGCAGUCAUAUGCACAUACCCUCUUGAUCUAGUUCGCACAAAGUUGGCCUAUCAGGUUAAAGGUGCAGAGAGACUUAGUUUAAGAGAAUCUAAGCCUUCUGAACAGGUUUACAAAGGGAUCCUUGAUUGCGUCAAAACAAUAUACAGACAAAAUGGGUUAAGAGGACUAUAUCGUGGCAUGGCUCCAUCGCUAUAUGGAAUCUUCCCUUACUCUGGUCUCAAAUUCUACUUUUACGAGAAGAUGAAGACUCAUGUACCUGAAGAGCACAGAAAAGAUAUUAUGGCAAAACUUGGCUGUGGAUCUGUGGCUGGUUUGUUAGGGCAGACAAUAACAUAUCCCCUUGAUGUUGUUAGGCGGCAAAUGCAGGUACAGGCCUUUUCAUCAUCCAACCUACUAAAAGGAAAAGGAACAUUUGGAAGCCUUGCUAUGAUAGCAAAACAUCAAGGUUGGCGGCAACUGUUCUCAGGACUAUCUAUCAACUAUUUGAAGGUGGUUCCAUCAGUAGCCAUAGGGUUUACUGUUUAUGACUCGAUGAAGGUUUGGCUUAAAGUUCCAUCGAGAGAAGAAGCAGCUGUUGCUGUGCUGACAGAAGAAAGAAGUAACACCGCCCCUGCUCACUCCAGUUAGUACAAAUCAUACCAUUUUAGUGGUGCACCCCUUCAUUGCCUUGACAUUUUCGGCAUGUAACAUAGCAUUAUUUCUUGGGGCUGUACCACCGCAAUUCUUAGGCUCCGCCAAACAUAGCGCAGAAAAUAAUUCGACCUUCAAUAAGCCCAUAAGCAGCAUGAUCGCGGAUGCCGAAAGAUCGGCAUUGGAUUAGAGAUAGAAUUUUUUUACUGAUUCUAGUGGAAUUUCACUAUGUACAGAAUCUGUAUAUAAUUGAAUAGCUUGUAUCCAACUGAAAGCUUGGUAAA